AUGGAUGUCGGAAUAUACAUGAAUGGGAAUAUAAUGUAUUUAUUCUUUGAGAACUUCUUGCUGGAUGCCAUCUUGGGAGAAAACUUUGAAGGCCCAGCAGCAAUCUACAACCACGGGAGAAUCUUAUCUGUUAAUAACGAAUGUUUUAACCAGGGGGUAAAGAGGGGAAUGUAUGUGGAAAACGCACUUGAUAUAUGUAAAGAUAUGAAACCAGUCAAGUAUGACUGGGAUAAGGUCAAUGAGAGAGGAUUGAGAAUCAUUAGAAUCCUGAAAAAAUAUACAGACCGCAUUCUAUCCCCUCAAUACAAUGAGUUUUACCUACAGAUUUCAUAUCCAGAAUGCAGAAAUUUACUGGAAAAUCCUUCCACAAACACAGACGAGAACAUUUGUAACCUCGCAAUCCAGAUAUCAAAAGAAGUACCAGGUGAACCAGUAAUAGGGAUUGGAAAGAACAUGCUUGUCUCAAAACUGGCCUCAAAAAAAUGCAGAAACUUGAAAAUCAAUUCCCAGGAAUCUGAUUAUGAUUACGAACUCUCGCCAAUCGUCUGUAUAACGUCAAUUUAUGGUGGCUGUUACAUGGUUUCAGAUAAAAUUUGUAUAGUCACCGAUGGGUUCAAGUUCCUAAACAAUGUUUACCUGAGUGAGAUUCCAGGCGUGGGUUAUCUCGGGCCCGUUUUGAAGAGUAAAGGUUUGGUGACUUGUAACGAUGUUCGUAAGAUAGGCACGCCCCUGUGCUUGCAAUCAGUAUUAGGAGGUAGGAUUGGUAAGUUGGUAUACAAUUUUUGUUUCGGAUACGAUUACAGAUGUGCGAAUUUGCCCAAGAAACAACAGGACUUCUUUUUGAACAAAUCAUUCACGAGUGAAGUAACUAUUGGUUCGCAUGAAUCCAACAGUUCUACUUCCGAUAACUGUACCCAAAAUUCAUCAAAACAAGGUGAUCUUGGUAAGGAGUCUGAAAAGGAACACGACGAAUCAAAAGUAAGUUCUAUAGAGACAAGUCAAGAAUCAGGAUGUAAUAAUGAAGGAAAUAAUCUUAAUAGAGAAUCUGAAGAAAGAGUUCUCAGAAGGUUACUCAGCGAAGUGUUAAAAGACCUUUGCUCUGUAUACUCACUCUUCGACAAGUGUAUUAUUAAUUAUUCCAUCAAGUACAAAUGCAAUAUUACACUGCAUGUACAUUCUGACUCCCAAUAUACCAAGUCUAUCACUUCAAUCCUUGACAAACAAUCACUGAGGCACACAAUCAACAGCCUAUAUAACAAAAUUAAGAGUGAGUUUGGGAUUGAGUUUCCCAAGAUAAAAAAGAUACAGCUGGAGGUACUGGAUGUUGUUAGAGUUGACGAGGAUAUCACCUUCAUUGAUAAGUUUUUGAAAGAAAGACCGUCAACAGGUCAGGAAUCUCAAAGCCCAUUCAGAAUGUCAUUUCUCUCACCAUCCAGUGCUACAGCUACUUCUAACGACUCUGUAUACUCACCAAGUGAAAUGUGCACCCCAACACGUAGACUAAACGGCUGGAAACUGGACUCCAUUUCUAUAGAUUCUGGGACACCUCAAAGUCCAGCUAAAUCAGCAAGCUCCAGCGUUGCUUCUAGAACUCUUAUCACUCCAAACAUUCUAAGAUAUGUGGACUUCAAGGGACAGAUUUCUCAAAAAUCUAACCCUGAUUCCAGUGUUGACUCCAAGACUAGGACGCCCACCAGAUCACGCAGGUCUUUAAAGCUUUCUAGGGGACAAAAAUACAUUACUGAGUACCUCUCUCCGUCGAAGUUUGAAUUUUCUUAAAAUUAUUGCCUAUUGUAAUAAUGUAUUUAAAUAUUU